GAAGACUUUUAUAUAUUCUCUAUGAUAUAUUUUCACGACGUAAAAUCACAGAGAAAAAUGUCGAUAUGAACGGUUACCAGAGCGAAAGCGAAGACAAUUCUCCUAAACCUCACCGAGUUUGUUGCUUGAUUGAAGACAAAGACAGGUGUAAGAGAUUGGCAGGGAAUGCUUGUUACUCCAAGAGGAUUCAAAAAACUGUAGCUCAGAAGAAACUAAAACUUGCAGCAGCUGAAAGUGUGAGUUGUGCUACUUUGCUCGAGACUUUGCUAUAAAAUCAUCGAGCGUAAUUUUAUAAUUUUAACCGGGGUUUUAAUUUUCUAGGCCGGACAUAUUUACAUCUGUAACUAUCAUAAAGACAUGAUUCAAACUGCACGAAGUAAGCGUAAACGUAAGGACUCGGAAGACGAAAAUGAUGGUCAAGAGGUACAGUUUUUUAGCUCAUUUUGACGAUUUAAUAAUCUCGUUUUAUAUUAAAACUUUACUCUUUACUAUAUUUUACAGUAAAAUCAUAUAAAAUCAUAUAUUAACUCGAAUUCUUAUGCUACUGUUUUAAAACUGUAAAAUAUUACAAAAUUCCAUGCCAAUACUUUGUAUUCUUUCAUUGUGUCAUGUAAUUUUGUUAAUUUGAACUGUGUCUUCAGCGAUGUUUACUUGUGAUGCAUGCCAUAUAAUAGAUGUUUGUAUUUCGCUUGCUGAAAUGCUUGAUAUUUGUCUCCAGGUCGAUGUUAGUAUACUCCAAACAAGUACGUUGAGAAGAUAUAAGCGACAUUUUAAACUUCAAACACGACCUGGUCUCAAUAAAACUCAGCUGGUUGAGGUAAGCAAAAUUUGCACUGGUGUUGAAUUUUGACCGCGUGUUUUAUUUAGG